AUGGACUACAGUUUGCAGAUUGUUCAUCUUUGUGCAUUGAUGUCUUUGCUCCCAUUGUUAAUUCAAGGCUCCAAACAAAACAUCAAAUGCGGUGCAUGUAGGGCAUUAGUGGAUGAAAUGGAAUGGGCCAUAUCACAGAUAGAUCCCAAGAAAAUGAUCCAGACAGGGUCAUUUCGGAUCAAUCCUGAUGGUUCUCAGUCAGUCAGAGAGGUGUCCUUUCGCUCUCGCUCAGAGAGCCAUCUGCUUGAGCUGAUGGAAGAAGUUUGUGAGCAGAUGAAGGAUUACGGUGAAGGUGUUGACCCCACCACCAAUAGAAAGACAUACGCAAGACAUACACCCCGUGAUGGCAAAGCAAUGGACCUUUCUGAUGUGGCCUUUGACUCCAGUGUCAGCUCCAGUUUAAAGUUUGCUUGUGAAUCGAUAGUUGAGCAACAAGAGGAUGAACUCAUUGAAUUCUUUGCUCAUGAAACACACAAUGUUAAGGACAAGCUGUGUAGUAAAAGGACAGAUCUCUGUGACCAUGCCCUGCAGAUACCUCAUGAUGAAUUAUGA